GAGUAGAAUUUUUUUUCAGAGCUUUCUCGAUUCUUAUUUCUUGAUUUUGAGACAUGCAUUUGAUGUUUGAGAAUUUAAGCUAUUUUUUAACAAGCCUUGGCCUUUUCCGGUUUUCUUCUUCUAUUUUAUGGAGAUUGGAGGGGGAACUGGAGAUUUGUGGCAAAGAAAUGAUAAGAAAUUUUAAAAAAGUAUUUCUUUAAAUUUUUUUUCCAUAUUUGUUUUAGAUUGUUUUGGUUGAUAUGGGCAAUGGUUUUAAGAUUCUUUGGGAGGAAAUUCGGGAAAAUAUGGUGUUGCUGAGAUAUGAUUGAAAGUUAAAAGCUUAUUUUUUUGGAAUGGGUUUGGCGCCCUUUUGUCGGUUUUCCUGCUCUCUCUUGCUUGUUAAAUGAUGUUUCAUGACGCCCUUUUAUUGGUUUCCUGCUCUCUCUUGCUCGUUAAAUGAUGUUUCAUGAUUUUCAGUAUUUUCAGCUCAAAGUUAGGAGGAUUCAAAAUCAAAAAAUCACAAUGAGCCAAACAUAUAGAUCAAGUGAAGAAUUGAGGUAGAUCUGUACUCCUUAGUGGACUAUUCCUGUUUUCUAGUUGAGCUGCCAGUUUAAGAACAUCGAGGAUAAGUGCUAACGAGUGAAGCUAUUCAAUAAAUAGCUGAAUAUUUGAUCCAACGUGCAAAAGUUUUUACAGAGGCUGCAAUUCUUAAUUAUUCUUGGUACCCAUUUCAUGGACCCUGAGAGGAAAUCCAAGAAUCACAUCAAAUGAAGGAAAUCCAAGAAUCAGAUCAAAUGAUCAAGUUAUGUUUGAGUUGUGAAUAUUUUUGAACUAUAGUAGCGAAGUUAUCAGAUUUCUCAAUCUAUGAAACAACUAUGUUUGUCUUCAAGGAAAAGAAGGCCUUACAGGGAUACAAAAAUUUUGGUCAUUUUAUUGAAUUUUGGAGACUAAUUUCUUUAUUUGGAAGAUUUUGGCUUUCCAGUUGAUUCCAUAAGUUAAAUUGUAUCUCGGCAGGGAAAUUGCAGAGUUUGAUCAUAUUACAUAGCCUCACCGUCAUUAAACUGCAAAGUGGUUUAAAGGAAGUUUCAUAUAUAGGGUUCUGGGGACAACUUUUGAUUAUUAAAGCUCUGGAUUUGCAUGUAUUAAAGGAAGGUAACAUCCAUAAGAGAUUUGCUGGUUUCAGAUAUAUUAAUCUGAGGUUAAGAAAGAGUAAAAUCCAUAAGAGAUUUGCAGGUUUUCAGAUAUUUAAAUCUGAGGUUGAGAGAAGAGAAUUAUAAUAUAAGUCCUAGGAGGCCAACUUAGAGGAGAAGAGAAAGUACAUACAUAAAAAGUAUUUUAUUAGAAGCUCUACUUUUCUUUACUUUGGGGUUUGAUUGUAUUAUAUGAUCAACAAUUCAGAAAGAAGAUUUGGGUUUAUUCCAUUCAAAUACAUAAGGAAUUCAAAACAGUCUUUGGGGAUCUCUGUCAGGGAAGAUAAGAUUUAGAGAAUAAGUCCACAAGGCAGGGAAUGCUUUUGGCUUUACUUAUGUACUCACCAAGGGAAAAAACCGUGCAUUAUUCUUAUUGAAGUGCUAAAUGGAAGUUUUAUUCAGCAAAAGUUAAUAUUUUUCUGAUUGGGUAGAGAAUUGCUUUGCUGGGUAUGACUGAGAUGCAAUACUAAAAUCAUUUUCAGCAUACUUGUACAUGUUUGGUGUUUCUUAGGGAAUUUACAUUUUCGGGUAAAAGAGUUGCAGUAAUGGAUCUGGGUUUGGAGGAUUUAGAGACUGGCUUACUUGAUGCAGAGAAGGGUAUAGAGAGGUCGGAAUCUGCACAUUCAGGAAAGCAUUUGAGGGUGCCUCUGCUGAAACAAAGGAGGAACACCACUUCACAGUUGGCCAUAGUAGGAUCAAAUGUGUGCCCCGUGGAGAGCUUGGACUACGAGAUUAUCGAGAAUGAUACAUUUAAGCAGGACUGGAGAUCGAGGAAGAGAGUACAGAUAUUCCAAUAUGUAUUUCUCAAGUGGACUCUGGCUCUUCUCAUUGGACUGUGCACUGGGUUUGUGGGCUUCUUCAACAAUAUAGCCGUGGAAAAUAUUGCUGGGUUUAAGUUGUUACUGACCAAUAAUCUUAUGCUCCAACAGAAGUAUGUACUAGCUUUCUUUGCCUAUGCUGGUUGUAAUUUGGUUUUGGCCGCAGUUUCUGCCACUGUCUGUGCUUACAUUGCUCCAGCUGCUGCGGGUUCCGGUAUCCCAGAGGUUAAAGCCUAUCUAAAUGGUGUUGAUGCUCAUUCUAUUUUGGCACCUAGCACUCUAUUUGUGAAGAUUUUUGGUUCCAUUGGUGGGGUCUCAGCUGGCUUUGUUUUGGGAAAAGAGGGGCCAAUGGUGCACACUGGGGCUUGCAUAGCCUCCUUAUUGGGGCAAGGUGGUUCCCGCAAGUACAAUCUUACAUGGAGAUGGCUUCGAUACUUCAAAAAUGACCGAGACAGACGGGACCUCAUCACCUGUGGUGCAGCAGCUGGUGUUGCUGCCGCAUUUCGGGCACCAGUUGGUGGCGUCCUAUUUGCCCUUGAAGAAGCAGCAUCAUGGUGGAGAAGUGCACUUCUUUGGAGGACAUUCUUUACUACAGCAAUAGUGGCUGUGGUGCUUAGGACCCUCAUAGACUUUUGUCGCAGUGGAAAAUGUGGACUGUUUGGAAGGGGUGGCUUGAUCAUGUUUGAUGUUAGUUCCUCUCAUGUUUCAUACAGCUUACGUGAUUUGGUACCUGUAUUAAUUCUUGGAGUCAUCGGUGGUAUCUUUGGUAGCCUUUUCAACCGUCUUUUGGACAAGCUUCUUCGAACAUACAGCAUAAUCAAUGAGAAGGGCCCGGUGUUCAAGAUACUUCUAACAUGUGCCAUCUCCCUCCUCACCUCAUGCUGCGCCUAUGGCCUUCCUUGGCUUGCCAGCUGCACCCCCUGCCCCGAAAGCCUCAAGGAGCCAUGUCCAACUGUUGGUCGCUCAGGCAACUUCAAGAGCUUCAACUGCCCUCCUGGCCAUUACAAUGGCCUUGCAUCUCUCUUCCUCAACACUAAUGAUGAUGCUAUCCGCAAUCUCCUCUCUUCUACCCUACACGAGUACACUAUCCCCACAAUCCUCACAUUUUUUGUUUCUAUCUAUACACUAGGUCUCUUAACCUAUGGUGUCGCUCUCCCGUCUGGGCUUUUCAUCCCUGUUAUUCUCGCUGGUGCCUCUUAUGGCCGUUUAGUUGGUCGCGCCAUAGGCUCCUCCCUUCCUGACCUUGACCCUGGCCUCUUUGCUCUCUUGGGAGCUGCUUCCUUCCUUGGAGGCACCAUGCGCAUGACUGUGUCUGUCUGUGUAAUCCUUUUGGAGCUUACAAACAACCUCUACAUGCUCCCCCUUUUGAUGCUCGUUCUUCUAAUCUCGAAAACCGUGGCUGAUGUUUUUAACCGAGGUGUAUAUGAUCAAAUAGUGAAAAUGAAGGGCCUUCCAUUCUUAGAGGACCAUGCCGAGCCAUACAUGAGGCAAUUGGCAGCCAGUGACGUGGUCUCAGGGCCAUUGAUGGGCUUUUCAGGGAUUGAGAAGGUGGGGAAUGUGGUUCAUACGCUCAGGGCCACAGGCCAUAACGGGUUCCCAGUCGUUGAUGAGCCUCCACUGUCUGAGGUCCCGAAGCUCUGCGGGUUGGUCCUGAGGGCUCACCUUGUGGUUCUUCUCAAAGGGAAGAUGUUUACUGAGGGGAGCAGGAGCGUUGGAAUGGAGGAGUUUGGGAGGAGAUUUGGGGCAUCAGAUUUUGCAAAGGCGGGUUUGGGGAAGGGGCUGAGGAUUGAAGAUGUGGAGCUGAGCGAUAAGGAGAUGGAGAUGUAUGUGGACUUGCACCCGAUCACGAACUCAUCACCAUACACCGUGGUGGAGACAAUGUCAUUGGCUAAGGCCGCGAUGUUAUUCAGGCAGCUCGGGCUCAGGCACUUGUGCGUGAUGCCCAAGACUCCAGGGGGGGCCCCGAUUGUCGGAAUUCUUACCCGCCAUGACUUCAUGCCAGAGCACAUCAUCGGACUCUACCCUCACUUGAGACCCCACAAAUAAGAACUUCUUCGGUACCUCGUUCGAACCUACAAUGAAUUUUCGAUCCUUGUCGGCUUCAUAUUCAAAUUUAAACAUCCUUUUACACACAGGGUUUUUUUAGUUUUUUCCUUUUUAUUCUACCAUUUAUAUGAUCUUUAUCAGUUUUGUAAUUGCUGUAAUCUAAAUCAAAAUAAAGUGGGUGUCUCUUGUGUCAUUGAUUGAAUUUCAUGUCCGUUGUCCAAUAAUGAAGUUCAAAUUUGUUGAUCUUUGCC